AAGCACCUGAAAAAGAAAAAAAAAACAAAACAAAGCAUUCAUUCAUAAAAUAGCCGAAGGAGAGCGGGAAAAAAAGGCAACAGCUUGAGCAAUGGAACGCAGAAAGUCCUACGUGCUUGUCGCGCUCUUUGUUCUGCUAAUCUUGACAGAAGUUGCAAUAGCAGAAAGCAAUGGCGGAAAAGGAAACGGGAACAAUGGAAACAACGGUAAUGGCGACAAUGGAAAUAACGGUGAAGGAAAGGGCGAUAACGGUAACGGAAAGGGAAAGGGAAAAGGAGAUGACAAGAAGGGUGAUGGUAAAGACAAAGGGAAAGGUCCAAAGGACAAGGGCAAGGACAAGGGUAAGAAAGAUGAAUCUGCUUAUUACAGGGUGCUGUCACCAUUGCCAACGGGGCAAGAACAGGCGAGGUGCGAGGCUCAGGGCGCGUGUUAUUACAAGACGGUGGUUUGUCCUUCUGAGUGUCCCCAGAGAAAGCCCAAGAAGAACAAGCAGACAAAGGGUUGCUACAUUGAAUGCACCAGCAAGUGUGAAGCUACCUGCAAGUGGAGAAAACCUAACUGCAACGGCUACGGCUCUCUGUGCUACGACCCACGAUUCAUCGGAGGAGAUGGUGUAAUGUUUUAUUUCCACGGAGCCAGAGGUGGAAACUUUGCGAUUGUCUCAGACCACAACCUUCAAAUCAAUGCUCACUUCAUCGGCACCAGACCCGCUGGGAGAACUAGAGACUUCACAUGGGUUCAGGCCUUCAAUGUCAUGUUCGAAAGCCACAACCUCGUGAUCGCGGCCAAGAGGGUCGAUCAAUGGGACGACAAGGUCGACGAGUUCACCCUUAGAUGGAACGACGAACCCAUCGCUCUCCCGGACGACGAACAAUCGGAAUGGAGGGCCUUUUCUGGAGAAAGAGAGAUCGUCAUCGAGAGAACCGACGAGAGAAACAGCGUCAGAGUCACUGUCUCUGGUCUUGUCCAAAUGGACAUCAAAGUGAGACCCAUCGGCAAAGAAGAGAACAGAGUCCACAACUACCAGUUGCCGGAAAAUGACGCUUUUGCCCAUCUGGAGACUCAGUUCAAGUUCUUCAGCCUGAGCGAACUCGUGGAGGGUGUUUUGGGAAAGACAUACAGACCGGAUUAUCUCUCCGGCGUGAAGACCGGAGUUCCGAUGCCGAUAAUGGGCGGAGAAGACAAGUAUCAGACACCAUCGCUGUUUUCUCCGGUCUGCAGAGUCUGCAUGUUCAAACCUCAACCACUUUCUGCAGCUGUCUGAGAAGAAAUAGCCCUAAGUUCAUGGUGAAUCAACCGAACCUAUAAAACGUUUCUGAUGUUUUUUUUUUUUGUUUUACUUUAAUUAUAUUUCUAUUGUAUUUGUGAAAUAAUGGAAUAAGGGCCAAGAAAGAGAUGUUGCCCGUUAUACUUUUGUAACUUGUAAUCGUGAUUUUGCGGGUCAAGAAAUUAUAAAGAAUCGUUUAUUCU